AUGGCUCAGGAUAACGAUUGGCUUGGUGGUGGCCAGCGAUGGCUUCUGGACACUGACACUGCCUGGCGAUCUACAAAGGUGGAUUUGAGAGUCGAGGCUCUGCUGAUGCUGCCUGUUCAUCUGGCUCAAUCUCCUCUGCCAACCGUGCUCAAGUCUGCUUUCCUAAAACUAUCUGAAUAUUGGAGAUCAUGCACCAACGAUAUGAGAGUUGUUCUUGCCAUGAUUAUUUGCAAAUGCGCUCGACAUAUUUCCUGCAUAGACGACACUGAUGAUAUCAUUCGUCGGAUUCUCGGUGUGGUGGGAAGCAACGAUCCUUUGGCUAGAUCUCUCAGUCUGUUGGUACUUGGGCAUCUAUCGUAUGCUAUUCGAAAUAGAUCCGAGGUUCAGGACAGAGUACUCAAGGAGCUCGCUAGACCAACACCGCGCGAGAUCGCUGCUGGUGUGUCUGCAGUGGACCGAAUCUGGUCUGUCAAAACCAAGACGGUUUCCGUAGCUUCUUUGAGUAUUCUUGGAGAGUCCAUCCGAUAUGCUCAAGGAUUGGACGAUCAAGGAAACCUGUCAUUGCGUCUUGCUCAUAUAUUCCGUAACUGUGAUCAGGAUUUUCAUCAAGCUAUAACGGCUCUGAAAAUAUGUACAUCACUAUCUAUAGAUCCUUGCAUAUCUACCAGUUUGUCUGCUCAAUCCGCUGCUUUACGAAGAACUAUAACAGUGCUAUCUAUCCAGUUUCCUGCAUUUCUUCCAAACCAUAUCAACAAUUUAGUGAAUAUUCUACACCAAGGAAACCCACAUAAUGAUCUAAUAAUGGAUGUUCUUGGAAACAUUCUCAUUCUAUCAAAAGCACAUUCACACCAUUUUGAAGCACACCAUUUGCCUAUCAUUGCAAACAUAAUGCUGUUUAGUUUCAAGAUAGGGUCGCCAUUACGAAUGUGUAAAAUAACUGCUAGAAUAUUAAAGUUUUUAAGUCUAGGCGAAAUGCUGUUUUUGGACGCCAUACAAACUCAUGCACUUGCAAAGCCGAUCUCUGCUGCCAUGGUUGCAAUGGCUUCCUCCAAUAUCAUUUAUUCACAUGUUACUUCAGCCUUGCUGGAUUUGACGUCUUUAGCUUCAUCUAUAUUUAAAGGCUUGGUCAAUCUCAAAGACAAAAAAGAAUUUGGUAAGGUUGCUGUUUAA